UAUGGACCCCAGUCUACUUCCUCUAAUGCUUUUGCUGAUUUCAAACAUCCACCCUGGACAAAGUCAAGACAAACCCAAAUUAACUGUAAAGCCGCAGAGUUCGGUGUUCACUGGAGACACAGUUACUCUGAGCUGUGAUGUGGGACAGUUAACUGGACCAACGAUUAUCUGGUACAAAGACUUUAAGAGAACAGAAACUAGUGAUGUAACAAAUACACUGAGAGAUGUGAGAGUCUCUGAUGGAGGAACAUAUGCAUGUGCUGUAGCAAGAGAGACCACACAAAGCCCAGGGCUCGUGCUGACAGUAAGAAAGAGACCCAAGCCUGUAGUGCGUGUUCAGCCUGAUGGACGUGUGUUCAGAGGACAGACGGUCACUCUCACAUGUCACAUACAGGAGACAGACGUCAGCAGCUGGAGCUACAGCUGGAAUAAAGAUGAUUCACUGAUUCAUGUCAGUCAAUCACAGGAAUACCGAAUCAGUUCUGUUAAUGAAUCUCACACGGGUCAUUACAGCUGUUCUGGAAACGAGACCCGAGGAUCACGAUACUCACACACCAGUGAUAAAGUUACACUGACCGUAUCAGGAUCUUCAGUACCAGAAUUUCCAAAAGGUCCGUUUAACGCCCUGAUCAUUGGAGUGAUUUCAGGACUGAGUGGCGCAUUUCUGCUCAUUUUAUUACUGGUCCUGUUGUUCUGCUGCAAACGCAAGAAAGGUGGAGGAUCUCCGUCUCCCUCUACUGACCAUCAGCUGCAAAACACCAGUCACACAUCAGAUCAUCAGAGGAAGAAUGGACAAACACCAUCAUGUUCCAACACUGUAAUUGGGCCUUCGUGUGUGACCUAUGUUAAAAUUGACCUGAAAUCAAUGAAGGAAAUGAUGAAGAAAAAGAAAGAAAAUAAAGGUAUGACAACAACCCUGCUGAAGUGUCUUUUGCAGUUGUUUGCUGUAACAUAACACAUUAAGAUAAAUGCAUGUAUAAUAAAUAUAUGAUAAACUCUUGUCAUCUGUUAGAAAAUGAGAGUUCUGACACUGUUUACUCCAAAGUGAAGAUUUAAGGUGAAAUAAACUAAAAACAAUGCAAAAUAUCACAAUAUAAAGCAAUUACAAAAAAUACAUACAUACAAAAUGUUUUAUACUUGUGAAUUAAUUUGCAUAAUUUCAGGUGCUGUCGCUGGAUCAAUAUGAUGAAUGCUCAGACAACUUUCAAAAAUGAUUGAUCAUGCAUAUGUUCAUAAUCUGUGACAUUUUAAAACGUGAUUCUGACCACUGAUACAGUACUGCAUUUACUGUUACAUUUCUAACAUGUAUUACAGAAUUAUGAAUAUUAUAAGAAAAUAUCAAUAAGCCUGUGUUCAUGUAUUAAUCUAUCCUCUAGUUGUCCACUAGAUGUCAUCAUAUAGACGAUUUGGUUGUUUCAUCCACAUUUUAUUGUGUGACAGUUUAUGAUUUGCACUUGUGCAUUCUUAUGGUAUUUAUUUACUGUGUGUUAGUCCUCUUGCUUUCAUACCUGCACUGCUUGUAGGCUACUUUAAUCAUGUAAGUUAAUCAAAUGUAUUUUUCACAUGAGUUUCAAAAUCUAAAUAAAGUACUAUAUCACUUGUGAAGUGAAACUAACUAAUGAUUCUCUGUGGGAACUGGAUGUGAUGUGAUAACUGUUUUACACCAGGGUCACACCCCUAGUCUUUCUGACUCUGAGGUUUGUAUUAACCACACAGUACAGUACAGUACAGUUUAUUGACACUGGGGCAUUAGGACCCAUUCAGUCCACUGGAUGAGCACCCCCUGCUGGUCUCACUAACACCUCUUCAGCAGCAGCCUGGAUGGGAGACCCAGAAGGUCAGCUUAGCUUCACUGGGUGUGCAGGUGAAGGCUUGUGUAGUGGGUUUUCUCAAGCAUCCCAUAUACAUCCGACCCAGAGUUUUCCACACUCUAACAAAAAAUCUGUAAAAAUAGGGCACAAUAUACUGUAUAAUUUGAAGGAAUUUUUCCGUAUUUUUAAUUUUUUACAUGUGUUUUACCAGUAUUUUGAAAUAUCCAUAAAAUUAUGGAUAAUGUUGUGUAAUGUGUAAUGAGCUGCCAGUACUUUUUCUAUUAUUUUACGGAUUUAUUUUUACAGUGCAGGAGUUGACCAGCAUGACUGUCUUUUACAUGUUGUUUAUUGGCAUUUAUGUCAUGCACAAAGACACAUUCUCUAUGCAUCAUCCACUACGCAUUAUCAUUUUACAGAAGCUCGAGCUUCUGAGAACUUCUGACAUCUCAAGCAAUUUGACAUUUGACCAGCCCUGUUAGACUACUGGAGUUAGACUGACUGCUCUAAAUAAAGUAAAUUGAUUUUGACUCAUUGACUGAUUUCGCUGAAUGGGUCAGUCCCCUGGGCCAAUGAAAGGACAGGCUAUAUGUACAUUUACAUUUGUUUUUCUUUUAAUAUACUCACAUAUAGCAACGGGGAUGGCAAUGUACAGCAGCACACUGAGAAAACUCCAACAUCUGUCCAGACCACCAAGACCAAUCCAACAAGUUGCUAUGGAAAGCAUUACAAAGUGCUUAGAGCAAUUGCGUCUCACCUUGAACACUGGUAAAACAAAAAGGAUGCUUUUUUUUUUUUUUUUCUAAAAUGAAUGUGUGUUCUUCCAAUGCAGAUUUUUUUUAUAAAUUGUGAAAAGAUUAAAAUUGUUACUGAGUUUAAUUAUCUUGGUUUAACACUGGAUCCAAAUCUUAGUUAAAAAAAAAAAAAAACAUGUAAAGAAAUUGGUGAGGAAAUAUAACUUGAUAAAUUUCAAAUAAAUGUCUACCCACUGAUGUAUGCAUGCAACAAUCUUUUCUCAUCUGUCAUACUGUCUGACAUGUUGGGAUCAAGCAGGAGAAACUGUUAUUAAACCUUUAAAAUCUCUUUAUAAACAGACUUUAAAAACUCUGGACAAAAAGCCUAAACAAUAUCACCACUGUAGGGUUUUGGAGAAUUACAAUUUUUUGAGCUUUGAUCAUUUUAGACUUUUCUUCUUCAAAUUUGUAAAUUUUACUUCGUGAUUCUGUGCAUUUUCGCUCUACAGUCUCCAUAAUCAUCUACUAGUGAUUGUGUUGUUCCUUUUUGUCACUCUGCCUUUGGAUUAUCGUCUUUCUCAGUGAGAGCUAUUAUUCAUUGGAACACUCUAGAAGACAUAAGGAUGUGCACAUCUAUUGACAUUUUUUUAAAUUGAAACUGAAAUCCUAUUUCAAAUCAACUCAACUCAACUCUGUAAACACUGACAUGGUUGUGGUUUAACUGGACGUUAUCUUUAUUGUUCUUUUUUGGCUCUGAUAGGAUAUGUAUAAAUAUUACUGUAUUGAAUGUGUUUGUUGUUUUAUGUUUUUAUGUUUAUAUGAUUAAGCUACCUGAUCUCAUGAAAGUGCAUAUAAAUAGUACGCCAAAUAAAAAUGAAAACUCGUGGUACUGAUACGCAAAAAUGGACUUUGGCGUG